GCGGCUGCACAGCCUCCGUCCCUCCCGGCCGUGGGGGCCCUGCGGAGCAUGUCGGAGGAGAGCGCCAUGGAGAGCGCCAUCAAGGAGACCUCCAUUUUAGAGGAAUAUAAUAUCAAUUGGACUCAGAAACUGGGAGCUGGAAUUAGUGGUCCAGUUAGAGUCUGUGUGAAGAACUCUACCCAAGAACGGUUUGCACUGAAAAUCCUUUUUGAUCGUCCAAAAGCUAGAAAUGAGGUACGUCUGCACAUGAUGUGUGCCACACACCCAAAUAUAGUGCAAAUUAUUGAAGUGUUUGCUAACAGUGUACAGUUUCCUCAUGAGUCCAGCCCCAGGGCUCGACUCUUAAUUGUAAUGGAGAUGAUGGAAGGGGGAGAGCUAUUUCACAGAAUCAGCCAGCACCGGCACUUUACAGAGAAGCAAGCCAGCCAAGUAACAAAGCAGAUAGCUUUGGCUCUGCAGCACUGUCACUUGUUAAACAUCGCACACAGAGACCUCAAGCCUGAGAAUCUGCUCUUCAAGGAUAACUCUUUGGAUGCCCCUGUGAAGUUGUGCGAUUUUGGAUUUGCCAAAAUCGACCAAGGUGACUUGAUGACACCCCAGUUCACCCCUUAUUAUGUAGCACCUCAGGUACUAGAGGCACAGAGAAGGCAUCAGAAGGAGAAAUCUGGCAUCAUACCUACCUCGCCAACACCCUACACUUACAACAAGAGCUGUGACUUGUGGUCCCUGGGCGUGAUCAUCUAUGUGAUGCUGUGCGGAUACCCUCCUUUUUACUCCAAACACCACAGUCGGACUAUCCCAAAGGACAUGCGGAGAAAGAUCAUGACAGGCAGUUUUGAGUUUCCAGAGGAAGAGUGGAGCCAGAUCUCAGAGAUGGCCAAAGAUGUUGUGAGGAAGCUCUUAAAGGUCAAACCAGAGGAGAGACUCACCAUUGAGGGAGUACUGGACCACCCCUGGCUAAACUCGACUGCAGCCCUGGAUAAUGUUCUACCCUCUGCUCAACUGAUGAUGGAUAAGGCGGUGGUUGCAGGAAUCCAGCAGGCUCAUGCAGAACAGUUGGCCAACAUGCGAAUCCAGGAUCUGAAAGUCAGCCUCAAACCCCUGCACUCUGUGAACAACCCCAUUCUGAGGAAGAGGAAAUUACUCGGCACCAAGCCUAAGGAUGAUGUUUAUAUCCACGAUCGUGAGAAUGGAGCCGAGGAUUCAAAUGUUGCCUUGGAAAAGCUCCGAGAUGUGAUUGCUCAAUGUAUUCUCCCCCAGGCUGGUAAAGGAGAAAAUGAAGACGAAAAGCUGAAUGAAGUAAUGCAAGAGGCUUGGAAGUAUAACCGAGAAUGCAAACUCCUAAGAGAUACUCUGCAGAGCUUCAGCUGGAAUGGUCGUGGAUUCACAGAUAAAGUAGAUCGACUCAAACUGGCAGAAAUUGUGAAGCAAGUGAUAGAAGAGCAAACCACGUCCCAUGAAUCCCAAUAAUGACAGCUUCAGACUUUGUUUUUUUACAAUUUGAAAAACUAUUCUUUAAUGUAUAAAGUAAUUUUUAUGUAAAUUAAUAAAUCAUAAUUUCAUUUCCA